AUGCACGUGGCGGCAACAGUGUGCGUGUGGGCGUGCGUAUGGGCGGUGGCGGCGGGCGACAUCUGUGACAGGCGGGACAGGAGGACAGAGCGGCGCUGGAAGGGAGACAUAGGAGACCUGAACACCGCGCCAGGAGGACCGCGAGACCGUCUGCAGCUCCACCACCGCGUGCGUCGCUUCCUCAGCUUCCCCACCGGCUCAGUGCUCACCGUCACGCCCAAGCUGACCAUUCCCUUCGUGGACGAGUUGGAUGGAUAUAUCACGGGGGCGCAGCUGUACGCAUUCCCCAUCGACCUGCAGCUGCCUAACGGUACGCUGAGGCUGAGGACGAACUACGAGUACGAGUAUGACGAGGAGCAGGAGGAGUACUCGUACAUGCCCAUGAGCCAGAGCACCUACAGUAGCUACGCCACCCACAGCCGCUACGCACGCGCCAUCGACCACCAGAGGGCAGCCGGCUUCAACUUCCUGCAGGAACUCAUGGACGCGGCGGGCGUGGAGGGGCGGCAAUGCGUGCUGCGGGCGGUGUGCGAGGUGGCGGAGAGGCCCGUGGAGCACCUGGGCCUUACCGGGGAGCUCAUUAACCUGUUCUUCAGCGCUGGGUAUGGAGCGGGGUCACCGGAAGUGCGGGAGUACGUGGCGGCAGAGGAGGCGGGGCGGCAGCAGGGGGACUGUGAGAGCCUGUUCCCUGCCUGCCCCUACCAUCUGGCCAGCAUGGCGCAGUCUGCCCUAGCUUACUUCCACCAAGGCUUGGCCACGGCCGGCGACGCUCCCGUCAACCUGUUUACGUAGACCCGCUAGUUUUAACAGGCAGAUGUGGUGACGCCUCCGUGCUGGUGAAACCCGUAUUCUGAAACCCUUUGCUCUCUCACCACGACUAUUUUCAAAGGCCACAGAUGAUAAGCGAUUUCUGAAGAGUGUUUCUCCUAUUCUCCUAUUAAAUCUUGUUAAUAUCUCUAGAACUUUAAAAAAUCCGUGUCACUUCAACUGGAGCCUUUUGAAAGUAGUCGGGGUGCGAGCAGAAUCAUAUCAGUAUGUGGUCCUGAGACUGGCGGUGCAGCUCAGCGCGCCUCAACAACACAACCUGAGUGUCGAGGAACCAUCACCUUAGUUACUCCACACCUCGACAACAGUGCGGAAGCUGAGGCAUUAUAUGAGUUAUCCCUUGAAAAAAAAAGAGAGAAAAAAAAGUUAAAUAAACAGCUAACCAAUAAAAAAAAAAAAAAAAACAAUAAGAAGUAGAAGCUGAACCAAAGGGAUUUCUUACAAAAAAUCUCUCUCUCUCUCUCUCUCUCUCUCUCUCUCUCUCUCUCUCUCUCUCUCUCUCUCUCUCUCUCUCUGUUAUAUUUAUUUCCUUAUGCAUUUAUUCAUCGAUUUAUUCAUUUGCAUAUUUAUUUAGGCAUGUAGUUAGUUGGUUAGUUAGUUAUGUAUUUAUUUGUAUUUGUUUAUUUCUUAGUGUAAUUAGUCUGGUAAUUAGUUUCAUUGUUAAGCUCCGUCCAUGUCAUUCCGUACAGGUAGUAGUAGUAGCAGUAGUAGUAGUAAUAGUAGUAGUAGUAGUAGUAGUAGUAGUAGCAGCAACAGCAGAAACAGCAGCAGCAGCAGCAGCAGUAGUAGUAGUAGUAGUAGUAGUAGUAGUAGUAGUAGUAGUAGUAGUAGUAGUAGUCAAUCAACUUUGUCAAUAAAGUGAUGAAAAAAUAUG